AUCAUUACGCUCUGCGACUUCAUCGAUUGAAGACAUUAUUAUCGUGAGAGUAAAUUUAUUUCGUACAUUUUUUUUUGCAAAAGUUCUACGUGUUCUACGUUCUUCUCAUAUUUACUAUUCAGUUUGUUGAUUUGAAAUUCUUGCACAGUACUCGAUUUAAAAUGGACAAUACAGCUUCCGAUUCAAAGGAAAAAGGAUCCUCCAAGUCCUCCAAGGCCGGUCUAACGUUCCCGGUUUCAAGAUUUCAAAGGUAUCUCCGUAAAGGAAAUUAUGCGAAUAAAAUUGGUACGGCAGGUUCGGUCUAUCUUACUGGUGUCAUAGAGUAUCUCGUCGCCGAAAUUCUCGAAUUGUCCGGUUCGGCAGCAAAGGAGAAUAAAAGAUUAAGAAUUAUACCGCGCCACGUAAUGUUGGCCAUAAAAAAUGAUGUCGAGUUGGCUGAAUUGCUGAAGGAUGCACUUUUUUCGGAAAGUGGCGUCAUGCCGAACAUACAUCCGGCUUUGCAUAGUAAGAAUAAGAGUAAACCGAAAACAGUCGCACUAAGUCACAAUGAUGAUUAUGAGGACGAAGAAGACGAAGAGGACGAAGAGGAUGAUGACGGUGCUGAUGGAAGUGUUGUGGCUGGUAGCCAAAAUUUUUAAAGUGAUCUUCGGACUUAACUAAUUUUUUUUUUCUUGUUUUGAGUAAUGUGAAUAAUGUGAUUGAUCUAAAUUUUCUACUUUUUUUUGUUCAUUAAAGAUU